AUGUACAAGGGCCAGGAUGAGAUGAAAGACAUAGAUAUCAUGACAUCCACAGGUGGCAUCGAGCUGCUCGGUCGCACCCAGGACCAGCUGGCCGGCAGCGAGGAGAGGAUGGCCGCGAUCCUCGCCAGCUGCAGGAAGUCCGAGCUCUCGGGGCUCAUACUGCUCGGGGGCACCCGCACCGCCACGGACGCUGCGCGCCUGGCGGAGUACUUCGCGAGCCAGAAGGCUUCAACCAGCGUUGUGCUGGUACCCUGCGGCAUCGAGAACUCCUUGCUGAAUCCGUUCGUCGAGGCCACCCUCGGCUUCGACACCGCUGCGAAGACCGUUGCCCAGAUUGUGGCGAACACGUGCACUGACGGAGCCAGCGCGCGGAAGUAUUACUACUUCUUGAGGUGCAUGGAUGGUAGCUCGACUGGCCUUGAGUGCACCUCCCACCUGUCCCUGGAGGUGGCUUUAUCAGUCAGGCCCAACAUUGCCCUUGGCACGGCGGAGAUCGAGGAGAGAAGCGCUGGACGUUGA